AUGAAUAAUAAUAAUAAAUUAAAUCCCUUAAUUUAUAGUGAGCUCGAAAUAUAUUUAUUAUAUCAAUGUUCUUUCACACAAUUACUAGAAUUUAGUUUAAUAUGCAAACAAUCAUUCAAAACAGUUCAAUUCUAUAUAACAAACAAACAAAAUUUAAUAAAAUUUUACCCAUAUUUUAACGAAUUUAAAUUUUAUAUUAAUAAUAAUAACAAUAAUAAUAAUAAUAAUAAUAAUAAUAAUAAUAAUAAUAAUAAUAAUAAUAAUAAUAAUAAUAAUAAUAAUAAUAAUAAAUUAAUUAAAAUUAAUAAUAUUCAAAAUUAUAUUUUUAAACUUGAAAAUAUAUUUUUUAAUACACAAGAAUUAUUAGAAACAAAGAAUGAAUUUAAAAAAAUAUUAGGAAAUCAAUUUACGCAAGCAAUUAUCAGUGACUAUUUUGAAAUUAUAUCAUUUGAAAAUUAUAAUCAACAAAUCAAAGAAUUUUUUCAUUUUGAAAAGAUAUCACUAUAUUGGGACACCAUUAAUAUUCCACAAUCAUCCACACAAGAAUUUAAUAACCUUGAUAUUCGUGAAAAUUCAAUUCAAUUAAAAUCACCAUUUCUAAAAUCAUUAACUGUUAGAUUACAUAAUUAUAAAUAUGGUUUUAAUAUUGAUGAUGAGGAUGAAGAUGAAGAUGAAGAAGAUAAUGAAGAUAAUGAUGAUAAUGAUAAUGAUGGAAAUAUCUAUUCAAACAAACCUCACAAAUACACACAAUCCGAAUUUGAAUUAAUGUAUAAAGAUGCAGAAUUAUCAAAAAACACCUCGCUGUUAAAAUUAAGGUUCAAAUCCUGCUUUUCAAAAGAUCCUGGUAAUACAAUUAAUCAUCUAUCAAUUAUUUUAGAAAAUUUAAAUGGUAAUAAAACUCUAAAAAAAUUAGGACUAGAGGCUUUCAAUUUAAAUCAAGAUAAUGACUAUAUUUGGUUGUCUCCAUUAUGUGAAAUGAAAAAUAUCUCAACACUCUACUGCAACCCAUCCUCGUUAAACCAAUUUUUACAACACUGCAAUAAUAAUCCAAAUAUAACCCAAUUAAUAGUUGUUGAAGAUAAAUAUUCAGAAAUCAAAUUUAAAAAUCCAACAAAUAUUUUCAUAAAAAUUAAUUAA